CUGUGCACAAACUCUGUGGAGGGGGAAGAACUUCAGAAGACGUACGACCAGCAUUGGCAGCACCAGAAGAAGACGCAGCCCACAACAGAAAGUCAGAAAUUCCACAGUCGCUCCCACAAGCAGAAAAUUCUAUCGCCCUAGUGCCACAAUUUCUACCUGCUUCUGCAAGCGUUCUGCGCGUCUCAUUAGCUGUACAAUCUGCCCACUCAACAAAGGCUGCCACGCAGAAAAUCGCUGCUGCUUCCACGGGUGCCCCAUCCGCGGCGACAGGCUGCAAGCAGCCACUCAGCGCCACCAAUUUGAUUGUUUUGCAUACGAUCUCCCAGGAGUAACCUCGCGCAAGUCCUGCAACCGUCUUGAUUUUGAUUGAUUGUCAAUUUGGCGGAUUACAUUCUGGCAACUUCAGGAGCGUCAGAGCUUGCAUUGCAGACCCCCUUCCUAGGAGCGUUAUAGCAGGAUUGUGCCUCCCUUGGUGAGACAGUCACAUUGUAACUGGUGUCAAUAGAAGACAGUCCCCAGGUAGCGCAGCGGUGGUGCAUCAAGCAGCAUGAGCGCCAUCAAUGUGACCAGUGUGGUGGUGCUCGACAACCCAAGCAUGUUCACAAACCCCUUCCAAUUUGAGAUAUCCUACGAAUGUCUACACAAUCUUCAAGAUGACCUGGAGUGGAAGCUGGUGUACGUGGGGUCUGCCGAGGACGAAAAGUACGAUCAGACGCUGGAAAGUGUGCUCGUGGGGCCCGUGAAUAUGGGGAGCUUUCGCUUUGUCUUCCAGGCCGAUCCUCCUGAUCCGUCGAAGAUUCCAGAGGGCGACAUCGUGGGGGUCACUGUCCUGCUGCUCACAUGCUCAUAUCGGGGUCAGGAGUUCAUUAGAGUAGGCUACUACGUAAACAACGAGUACAUUGACGAGGAGCUACGAGAAGAGCCGCCUGCCAGAGUACAACUAGACAAGCUGCAACGGGUGAUCCUGGCAGACAAGCCCAGGGUCACGAAAUUUCCGAUCAACUUCGACCAGGACAAGGAGGAGGAAGCGCCGCAGCAAAAAGUGGAGUCGGACGUCGUGCGGGCAGACGACAUGAUGCAAUUAGAAGGGGACAGGGGACACGAUGUGAUGCAGCAGUAGCACAGAGCCACUCUUUCAUCCUGCCUUUGUACAUUAUGCUUACUUUUGAUUUCAGCAGGCCCUUUGAUGCCAGUGGCAAAUACUGGUUGAUUGCAAGCGGGAUUCGGGCGCGUAGAGUGACGGCAUGGCUUGUGGUUGUCAACAAUGAUGCCCUCGUUAAGUGCAGA